UGAGAGACUCAGAGCUGACGCGGCAGCAGAGCGCUGCUCCAACUAUAUGGAUAAAAAGGAAACGCUCAGCCAGGGAAGUAGAAAGGGUCGGAGCGGACCGCACAAGUGGCCGGGCUGCGGUGAAUCCCAGCCGGCUACGGUGUGAAUGGGAUUACGCCGGCUGCUCAGGGUCUCUUAUCGGUGCUGCAACUGCUGCUGGAGGAAACAUGCGCCUGCAGAGUUUUCCGGUACCCCUGCUGCUGCUGCUGACUGGGUUUUGCAGCGGCACAAGUUUUCCAAAUAACAUUAACAUAGGAGGCCUUUUCCCCACUGGUUCCCAUGAGUACGAGGUGUUUCGCUUUGCCCUGGCACAACAUCAGGACGUCCCCAAACUGGUGCCACAGGUGGAUAUGGUGGACACUGGGAGCAGUUUCGCCAUGACUUACGCUUUCUGCUCCCAGUUCUCUAAGGGCGUGUAUGCCAUCAUGGGCCUGUAUGACCGGAAGACGGUCAACAUGCUGAUGUCUUUCUGCGGCUCUCUGCACGUGUGCUUCGUCACGCCGUCCUUCCCUGUUCAGACCAACAACCAGUUCGUCCUGCAGCUGCGGCCCCAGUUGCAGGAGCCCCUCAUGGCGCUGUUGGAGCACUUUUAUUGGACCAGGUUCGUCUACAUGUACAGCUCCGACUCAGGUCUGACGGUGCUGCAGAGGAUCUUGGACACGGCAGCGGAGCGCAACUGGCAGGUCACCUCCAUUAACUUGGACACAAUGACGGAAGGGACCUUUGUCAAGCUGCUGGCUGACCUUGACUACAAGAAGGAUUUUCAGAUCAUCAUUGACUGUGAGCUGGAACGAUUGAACUACAUUCUCAACCUGAUCGCAGCUCAAAAGCGAAACUUGAAGAACUACCAUUACAUCGUGGCCAACCUGGGCUUUCUGGACUUGAACGUCACAGAGUUUCAGAAGCUGGCACCAAACGUGACGGGCUUCCAGCUGGUAAACAAAACCAACCCAGCUGUGGAGAAAAUCAACCAAGACUGGAUGGGCUUUGACAGCAAAGACCUCAAACUGACACGGAAAAGGCUCAAGUACACAGGAGCUCUGACCUACGACGGCGUCAACGUCAUGGUGAAUGCCUUCCAGAACCUGCGGCAGCAGCGCAUUGACAUCUCUCGGCGUGGUAACGCAGGGGAGUGUCUGGCAAACCCACCAGCUCCAUGGGGACAAGGCAUCGACAUCCAGAGAGCACUGCAGCAGGUUCGUCUUGAAGGAGUGACGGGUCACAUCCAGUUUAAUGAGCGGGGACAUCGCACCAACUACACCCUGACUGUGAUGGAGCUCAGCCACAAAGGGCCCCAGAAGAUUGGCUACUGGAAUGAGAAGAGAGGAUACGUGAAUACAGCAAUCUACAGGCCGCUGACGGAAGAGGUGUUUGGUCUGCUGAACAAGACCUACAUUGUGAUCACUAUACUGGAAGCUCCCUACAUGAUGCUGAAGAAGAACCAUGAGCAGUUUGUGGGAAAUGACAAGUAUGAAGGUUACUGUGCUGAACUAGCAUCCGAGAUUGCUAAACAUGUUGGCUUCAACUACCAGCUCGAGCUGGUGGGCGACGGAAAGUAUGGCGCCAGGGACCCGGAAUCAAAGAUGUGGAAUGGCAUGGUGGGAGAACUGGUCUACGGGAAGGCAGACAUGGCUGUCGCCCCACUGACUAUCACUCUCGUUCGAGAGCAGGUCAUCGACUUCACCAAACCCUUCAUGUCUCUGGGAAUCUCCAUCAUGAUCAAGAAACCAACGAAGUCCAAGCCAGGUGUCUUCUCCUUCCUUGAUCCGCUGGCCUACGAGAUCUGGAUGUGCAUCGUUUUUGCCUACAUCGGAGUCAGUGUGGUGCUCUUUCUGGUUAGUCGUUUUAGUCCGUACGAGUGGCAGGGCGAGGAGUCCGAUGAUGAUGAAACUGUUCCAUCUUCAGAGUGUCGACGAGCUCCUCUCACUUCAUUCUCUGAAGACCCUCACUCUCCAGGUUACGCUCAGGCUCAGAACCAGAGCCAGAGCCAGCAGAAAGAUAAAGAAACUCCUGAACACACCAACGAUUUUGGGAUCUUUAAUUCCCUCUGGUUCUCACUCGGGGCCUUCAUGCAGCAAGGCUGUGACAUCUCCCCCAGAUCUCUCUCAGGUCGAAUUGUUGGAGGGGUGUGGUGGUUUUUCACCCUCAUAAUCAUCUCGUCCUACACAGCCAACCUUGCAGCUUUCCUCACUGUGGAGAGGAUGGUGUCCCCCAUAGAGAGUGCAGAAGACCUGGCCAAGCAGACCGAGAUUGCCUAUGGUACGCUUGAUGGUGGCUCUACCAAAGAGUUCUUUAGGCGGUCAAAGAUAGCCGUGUUCGAGAAGAUGUGGUCAUACAUGCGAAGUGCAGACCCAUCGGUGUUUGUGAAGAGCACAAAUGAGGGAAUGAUACGAGUCAGAAAGUCAAAGGGGAAGUACGCCUACCUACUAGAGUCCUCCAUGAACGAAUACAUCGAGCAGAGGAAACCCUGUGACACCAUGAAAGUAGGAGGAAACCUUGACUCUAAGGGUUAUGGAGUUGCCACUCCCAAAGGAUCGCCCCUCAGACACAUUCACUGAUGUUUUUGUCUCCAAUCUGUCAUGAACCUCCUGUUUUGCUCUGAACUCGCUGAGUAACGGAGCGUGACUAACCUGAAGAUGUUGUAAAGUCUGUCGAGGAGACAGCUUACUGUCAGACUAAAGCUGCAGCAACAGGAUACUCACUGCCAUUAGCCGCCUUCUUACAAGAAAAGCCACACAGAGGCAGAAGGAAAUGUCCAACGCUUUGUUUUUAUCUGGUAGAAUGAUAUCAUUUCAGUUUAAAUCAAUUUAUUUAUAUAGCACCAAUAUGUCUCUUUAAUGCAAUUUAAAAGAUAGACAAGUUCAAAUCAUAUCCAGUAUUCUGAAGUAUUUAACAAAUUUGGUCACAUGGUCACUUUUAAUUAAAGUUAUAUAUUGAAUUUAACAUGGACUUGCGUGUUGUCUCUAUACAUGUUUUUAUUGGUUAAAGGCAUGGGCUUUCUCUUGGUUUAAAGCCAAAGGAAAUGUAUGUAUUUUAUUCAUAGUAAGGCAUCACAAAGUGUGAGUACACAAAACAGACCCAAUGGCCCCCAUGUUAAUGUAAACAAUGCAACCACUCUAAAAUUUUCUCACUUUACAGCAACCAUUGAUUCCUAAACAGGGCCUCUUGAAAGGUUUCAUAAUGCAAAUAGCCUUAAAGAUCAAUUCAUUACCCAAGUAAAAACAGCCUCGUUAAUUUCAAAGUUUACAUAUAUUUUCUUCACUCUUAACUCCUCUCUUGAACGCAAUCAUGCCCAGCAUGGACUGAUGACUGCUCUUUAGCCUUUACCAAGAUUGAACAAAACAUCUGAAUUUAAAGACACAAGAUUUCAGCUUUUUUUGCAUUUUCCACAUGGUAAAAAUACAAAAUUGUCUUUUGCAAGAAAUUCUCAUAAAAAAAACAAGGUAUGCCAGUAUGAAUAAAGACUUCUUCAGUCUGGUUUUAGUCUGACUUUCAGCUGUCUCUGCACAUGACUCCUCAGUUGCUGAUUGGCUGCAGAACACAUGACAGUUUAGAGAGAAAAGGCUGUGAUAGCCUCACAAUAUUUUGUAUGGAUGACAGUUAUGAGUUCAGUUUAUGACUGUCCAUUAAAAAGCUGCAUGCUAUUUAAUGACAAUUUAAAAUGAAAGUCUUUGAUAAUAAGAGAUGCAUGUAAUAAAAUAAUACUGAGUUGCACAAAAAAACAAGAACAUGUUCUACUAUUUUACGGAACAUAAGUAGUACAAAUGAUGUUUUUUUUAAUUAUAAAUAAAGCUGUUGUACUCAACCUCAGAGUCAGAUUAUAAAGAAGGUAAAUGAAGAAUUUUCUACUUAUUUUAGAGAUUAUGUUCUUUUUUGUUCAGUUUUAUUCUGUUAAACCUUUUCCUGCAUGCUUGCAUGUGACGGAUUUAAAACAAAGGCUGUGAUUUGAGGUAACAGAGAAUAAAUGUGUGCAAUAGCCAUGAACGUGAUGUGCAUAAACAUACGCUAUUGCUAAUAGUGUUUACACACCCCUACCAAUUAACGAAUUAAUGUAUUCCAAUCACUCCCAUGGUCACAGGUGUAUAAAAUAAAGCACCAAGGCAUGCAGACUGUUUCUAUAAACAUUUGUGAAAGAUUCUGUUGCUAACAGGAAUUUUGCUCUUAAAUUGAAAAUGUAUGUUCCAAAGAUAGAGAAGAAUAAUUCUCUCAAAGUACUGCUGUGCAAUGCAUAUAUAACGCAGGGGUACCUCAUAUUACUGGUCACCUUUACUCACAGUUUUGACUGAGAUGUUUUAGUAAGUAUCUGAUAACACUAUUGCUCCACUCAUGUUUUUUCAUGACUUAUGCCUCCUGCUGAUGGUUUUAAAUGUGGAAGCUCCUUGCAAGUCAACGCAAUCACUGUACAAACCAAUUCCUGCUCUUCAUUUGUACAAAAUUAUGUCCAAAUUGAACCAUUCCACUAGGCUGAUAAAUUUUUUUUGUCAGUGAUUGUAAUGUCAUAUAGAACUGCUGCUACGGUCGUGACAGAAGGUUUUAAUUACAGACAUUUAUUAAGCUCUAAUUCUAUCCCAUAAUAGUGUGAAAAAUCUGUUUAUUUUUAAAUGGAAUGAAAUAUUGUUAAAACAUAGAAUAUGUUGGUUACUAUAAAAAUUAAGAAAUUGUAAUAAUUUAAAAUAUAAUAACAUAAAUCCUGUUGAUUUAUAUUUGUGGCAAAAUUAUGGAUAAGUUGUUCAAAAGAUGGUCAAAAGAAAGAAUGAAAAGUAAAAAUAGGUUCAUAUUUAUUAUGAGUUGGAUUCCACUCAAUCAUCGUAUUAUUCUGUAAAUUGAACAGAUGAUUGCUGUUGGUUAUCUGCAUGCUGUCUAUCACAACAAACAGUCAAAAACAAAAUUUCAUACAUUUGGACCAGAGUUGGAACUAAAUUUCUGUUUGUUUCAUUUCUAAUUUAAAGGACGGUUUCCUCAUGUCACAGCCUCUGAAUAUAAAAGUUGUCUGUCUAUUAGAAAAAAACAGAAAGCAAACUGUCAGAUUAUUCAGUAAAAUACAUUGUGAUCUCAUGACCCACAGCAUCACGACUCUUUCCCUAACUCCACUUCUCUGUAAUGACAGGACAAGACGAGCGCCCUCAGUCUGAGUAAUGUAGCCGGAGUAUUCUACAUUUUGAUUGGUGGACUUGGGCUGGCCAUGUUGGUGGCUCUAGUUGAGUUCUGCUACAAGUCUCGGAUCGAGUCCAGGAGGA